UAUUCAGUUUUGGUUUUCUAUCCGCUGACAUUUUGAACCCAUUUUGAAGAAGAAGAGAGAGCACUGAAACCUUUUUCUUCUACUUAAGCCUCAUGAAAAGUAUUUAAAUAUAACGGACUGCAACAUAGCAACUCAUUAAGUGUUCAACAAAUGAACAACAUUAAGUACAGUGCUUCUGACCACAGUUCAGGAGAACAAUGAGGCCUACGACUGCUGCCCUCUGGGCGGCGGUCAUGUUGGUGGGACUCCAGCAGCUUGCUUCACUUGCUGCAUCACCUGACAGCAGAGUAGACUGCUCGUCCAAGAACCUCUCCUCUGUUCCAAGAGACCUGCCACAGGAGGUUGAGUUUCUGGAUCUCUCAUGCAACCACAUAAAACAACUUCACCGAGGAGACUUUCGAAACACCACUCUCCUGAGAUCCCUGAAUGUGUCAUGGAACGGUCUGGAGGAGAUUGAUCCGGGGACGUUCUCUGACACACCACUCCUGGAGGUUCUGGACCUGUCACAUAACAGGCUGAAGAACCUGUCGGGUCAGCGGUACCUGCUACACACGGGGAACCUCCUGACUUUAAAUCUGACCUGGAACUCGUUUCUCACAAUGACACUGGGGAGCGCCUUCACAUCCCUGGUAAGACUGGAGAGAUUAGCACUUGGAGCAAAAAACAUCAGUAUGGAUGAUUUCAAGAACAUUGCUGGAGCGAAACUGCAAACACUGACACUUUGCCUGGGGGAUGAACUGGGUUAUGAGGCAGGCAGCCUGAAGGAUGUUCACGCUCUAAGGCUUCAGAUAGCCUCCACUAGUGGUAAAUUAGUGGACGACUAUCUCUAUGCUGAUGCUCUGUCACUCUUUGAUGAAGUGGAGUUGAUGAAUAUGACAGGUGGCUACAGGGAACUAAGUGAGCAACUAAGCCAGAGAAUAGAAAUCCACACUUCUCACCUGUAUCUCACCAACAUAUUAAUUCACUGGCAAGACUUAACUCACUAUGUAAAUGUAAUUCUUCGUACAUCUAUCACCCAUCUUUGCUUCUCUGAUAUGGCCAUGUCCCGUUUGCCUCAGGUAGACACUGAUGUGACUAAGAAGUCUAAAAUGAAGUCCUUUUCAGGCAGAAGGGUGGUGGUGAAGUCAUUCCUCUUUUCACAGGAGGCUGUGUACAACUUUUUUAUCAAUAUGCCAGUGGAGAGUUUGGCAAUCACAGAGACCUCAAUCAUACACAUGACAUGCCCAAAGUCACAGAGUCCAAUCCUUCAGCUGGACUUCUCCUAUUGUGCUCUAUCAGACUCCAUCUUCUCCAGAGUGGAGGGUCAGCAAACUCUUGAAUGUCAGAAUCUUGGAAAUGUGAGGAAAUUGAUCCUGGUCGGCAACAAUCUAAAGAAUCUUCAGUUGUUGAGCAAACGUGUACAAUACAUGAAAUCCCUGCAACAUCUCGACCUCAGCCUCAACUCCCUGAUUUAUGAGGGUCUGGAAGAGUGCGUCUGGCCACCAAACAUCACCAAUGUGUCCCUGUCUUCUAAUCGUCUCACACAUACUGUUUUUAAAUGUCUUACAAAAGGAAUAGAGACACUGGAUCUCCAAAAUAACCAGGUUUCUGUGAUACCGUCAUCCAUCUUGAAACUGGGAAACCUUUCAUCUCUGAAUCUGAAUGCUAACAGGCUGCGGGACCUGCCUGUAUGUGAUGGUUUCCCCAUAUUGAAUCAGCUUCUGCUUAGAUCAAAUUCCCUCCAUGCCCCAUUUGUAAACAAACUGGAGAGCUGCCCCAAACUGAAAACCCUAGAUGUCGGUAACAACCCCUUCACCUGUACCUGCGCUCUGAGGAGUUUCAUACAUCUCGGCAUCAAGUCUGAAAGAAAAAGUCACCCGGGAAUCGAAUUGUUGGGCUGGCCAUUGGACUAUUACUGCACCUACCCAGAGGAUGUUAGAGACACCAUCUUGAAAGACAUACUGAACCCAGAUGUCACCUGUAAUGUGGCCAUUCUGGCAGUCACCAUCUUGUGCCCAGCAGUGGUCGUGAUUGUAGCAGUUGUGAUCCUGUGCCACCGUUUCGAUGUUCCUUGGUACAUGGGCAUGAUCUGGCAGUGGACCAGAGCCAAGCAUCGUGCCAGAACAAGACAAGUUCGACCUGAAGACCUGGUUGGGGUCGAGUUUCAUGCUUUUGUGUCUUACAGCCAGCAUGACACAGACUGGGUGCACAACUCCCUCCUUCCCAACCUUGAAGGGCCUGCAGGAGGGCUUCGCAUCUGCCUCCAUGAGAAAAGCUUUGUUGCAGGAAAGACGGUUAUUGAGAACAUCAUGGGCUGUGUGGGGAAAAGCAGACGCUCACUGUUUGUGCUCUCUGCUCAUUUCGUCAAGAGUGAGUGGUGUCAUUAUGAGCUUUACUUCGCCAGCCACCAACAGCUUGCUCUGGGAUCGGACAGUAUUGUUCUGGUGCUGCUCGAGCCUCUGCCUCAAUACACAAUACCAUCAAAGUACAAUCAGCUGAAGUCCAUGAUGGGCCGGCACACCUAUCUGGAGUGGCCACAGGACAUGGCCAAGCACAGGUUGUUCUGGGCUAACCUCAGAGCUGCCCUACAGGCAGACCUGCCAGACGUACCAGUCACAGAAAUAGAGGAGUAACUAAGCAAGGCGGCACAAAAGAGGAAAAGGAACUGGGAAGAAGAAGUGUGAAUGGAACAGAGGAAGUUUGUAAGACAGAACAUAGGAGCAGUAAAAUGUGGGUGCACCAGUGACACUGGAUGGAUAGUGAAAGUGUAUACUUUUUUUGUAUUCCUUUUCUUUUGCACAUGAGCAUACUUUCUUAACAUUAAGUGUGUAAUUUUUAAUACUGAGCUGCAAGCUGACAAACUGAUUGUUAUGUAAGAUGUAAAUAAACAUAUAGUCACAUGUAAAAAAAUCCAAAUGACAUUUAAUGAGAACAUUUACAAUGACUAACACGUUGAUCAGAGGUGUAACAAAAAAUAAACUUUUAAAGUAAA